AUGGAUUUUCUCAAACAAAUAAGAAAACGACAAAAUGAUAUAAAAUUAUCUCAUAUUUUCAAUUUUUCACCAUUAACACAUGAAGAAAAAAAUCAUUUAAUUAAAGUAUAUGGCCUUUUAGCCAUAGGUACUAUGGUUACUGCAUUAAGCUGUUAUUUUGAUAUUUAUUUUAUAAAGAUCCCAAGAUUUUUAGCAUCUAUAGUCAGUUUAAUAUGUUCCUUUGCAUUGGCGUGGUCAUGUAAUUCUCAUUAUGACUUAGCUACUAGAUCAAAAAAGAGAUUACUUUAUUUUGGUGGUAUGUCUGUGUCAAUUGGGAUUUUAAUUAGUGAUUACAUUAGUUAUGUUAAUUAUUUAAAUCCUUCAAUACUUCCUCUAGCUUUAUUUGGUAGCUUGUCAAUAUUUUGUUGUUUUUCUUUGGCAGCCAUAUUUUCAAAAAAUAGGAUUUCUCUAUUUUUAAGUGCCGCAUUAUGUGCUGUAUGCUCUUACGUUACUUUAAUUUCUUUUAUGAACUUUUUUAUAAGAUCAAAAUUUAUUGAUACAACAUUAUUAUAUAUUGGAUUUUUUAUGUAUAUGGGAUUUGUAUUAUUUGAUACUCAAAUUACAUUAUUUGAUUUUCGUAGAGGAAAUAAAGAUUAUAUAAUGCAUUCCAUUUGUCUCUACUUAGAUUUAGUAGGAUUGUUUACACAUUUAUUAAGAAUUUUAAGUCAGAAAGAAGAAGAAAAGAAAAAAAAUUAA